ACACGGAGCAAUUCCGGGCAGAAAUGUCCACUCUGGGGAUCCAAGUCCCAGUCAGGAGACCGUCUUGGUGGGAUGACAACACCUACCCAUCACUUCUGCGGAGGCACAGGCGCUGCGAUGUCAGCAAGUGCCUUUACCCAGGAGGCAGGGAGCAGGCAGAGGUGAAUGGGCCCUGGCAGCUGCUGCUCUGCAGCUCCUGUGCUGCAGAAGGGACCCACCGACGAUGCUCCUACCUGAGCAACAGAGUUGGCAGCUGGGAGUGUGACAGCUGUGCUGGCAUAGGCACCGCCUCCAGCAGCAACACGGAGCGCGCCGGACCCAGCACCAACACGGAGCGCGCCGGCCCCAGCACUUCCAGCCAAGGGGCUCCGGAGCCUCCCCGUGGCUCCCAGGGACCGGAGAACAUCAGCUCCGGCUCCAGCAGCCAGGCAGCAUCGGGCCCCUCACACCGGUCCCAGCUGCCUGAGAACAGCCGCCUGCCCAGUGAGCCUGGGACACGGCAGAGGGCAAUCGGCCCACGCCUCCCUGAGGAUCAGGAGGCAUCUCUGCAGCGCCGAGGACGCCGCGGGAGCGGCCGUGCAACAGCCCCGCGCACCAGCAGCAGCUCCCGCAGGUCCACCCCACGGAGGGCACCGCGGCCCUCCAGCGACUCCCCGGUGGCUGCACCCAGAAGGAGCCCCAGGCAGCAGGGGACGGGCCGGGCACGAAGCCGCUCCCCGCUUCAAGAUCGGGCCUCACGUUCCCAGAGCCGGCCCAGAAGAAGCCGUGGCAGCAGACAAACACCACGCCGAGCUGCACAGAGCAGCACCCUCUGCUCAGCCGCCCCAGUGACAUCGAGGCCCUCGAGGGGUUCCCCGCUGCCUGGACACAGAAGACCCUCCAGGCAGCAAGGGAGGGCCCACACAUGAAGCCCUUCCGCAGCGGGAUGUCAGGCUGCGACUUCCCACACAGACCCCAGCACGCCGCAGCAGCCAAACCCAACAGCAGCGGCCAGCCUGGGCACAAAGCUGCUCCCAGGUCCAUCUGCAGAACCACAUCCCCACAGCCAGACCUCAGUCUGCACAGGAGCAGCCGGGUGCCAAUGACACCUGCUCAACUUGGUCAACAUCAGCCAAGACGACAAAUCCCACGCUCAUUUACAUCAGCUUGCUCAACUUGGUCAACAUCAGCCAAGACGACAAAUCCACGCUCAUUUACAUCAGCUUGCUCAACUUGGUCAACAUCAGCCAAGACAAUAAAUCCCACCCCCACCCCCAUCAGCUUCAUUCUUCUCGUCUUUUCCUGGGGUGGGCAGAGUUCAGACCUCGACCACAGGGUUGCCUUCUCCCCAGCAGAAUGGCUCAGGUUGGAGGGGCCCUUAAAUAUCAUCCGGCUCUAACCCCCUUGCCGUGAGCAGGUUCAUGCACCACCAGAUCAGGAUGCCCAGGAUCCCAUCCACCCUGGCCUCAAAGGACUCCAGCAACGGGGUGUCCUGAACCCCUCAGGGAGGAACCUCGCUGUUCCAGUGCCUCGCCACUCCCUGAGGAAACAGUUUCUUUCUAACACCUCAUCUCUCUCUAUCCUCUUUUAGUUUCAUGCCAUUCCCCCUUGUCCUGUCACUAUCAGAAUGCAUGAAAAAGUCAGUCCUCCUCCAGCUUGGCAGGACCCUUAAAAGUACGAGAAGGCUGUGGGCACAGAGGUCUCCUCAGAGCCUUCUGUUCUGAAAGCGAAGUGAACCCCACUCCCUCAACCUGCCUUCUGAGGUGCGGUGCUCCAGGCCUUGUCUUCUCUUUGCGGCCCUCCUCCGGACCCCCCCUCCCACCGCUCCACACCCCUCCUGUGCUUGGCACCCCAGGCUUGGGCGCAGUACUCCAGAUGGAUGCCCUCGCAAGGGCACAGCAGAGACGGACAAUCACCGCCCUGCCCUGCUGGACACCUUCCUCAGGCCUUCCGGGCUGCAGGCACGCGCUGCUGGCUCAUCUCCGGCUUUUUGGCCAUUACGACCCCCAGGUCCUUCUCCACAGGGCUUCUCUCGCUGUCUUCUCCUCCCAGUCUCCACCCGUAUCUGCGACUGCCUCAACCCAAUCGCAACACCUUGCACUGGGCCUUGUUAAACCUCACGAGAUGCUCACGUGCCCUGUAUUCCAGCCUGGGUCCAGGUCCCUCUGGAUAGCGUCUCUGCCUUCUGCUGUGCCAAGCGCACCAUCAGCUCGGUGCCGUCAGCUGGGGGUGCACUCAAUCCCACCGUCUGUGUCCUUGAUAAAAAUGCUCACGAGCAUCAGUCCCCAGACGGACCCCUGGGUGCCCGGCCUCCACCUGGACACAGAGCCGCUGGCAGCAAUCCUCGGGCACAACAUCCAAACAACCUGCAUCCACCUGUCUGUUCAACACUCAAAUGCACAUCUCUCCACUUCAGACAUUAGGAGGUGCUGUGGGACGAAGACAUCAGUCGCCCUUCCUUUGUCCAUCACAGCCAUCACUCCAUCACCAAAGGCCUCCAGAUGGCUCAGGCACAGCCGCCCUUGCUGAAGCCGUGCUGGCUGUCUUAGGUCGCCUCCCCAUCUCGCGUGUGCCUUCACAUCUCCUCCAGGAGGAUCCACCCCGCCAUGUUCCCAGGCCCACAGAUGAGGCACAGCGGCCUUCAGGCCCAGCUGGCUUCUGGCCCAGCCCCACUGAGGCACGAGGUCUCAAGUCAGGAUGGAUCAAGGCUCUGCUGGCAGGGCAGCCCAAUUCUGGGGGUGUUUCAUGGCUUGGGGUUGCCACUGUUCUGUAUCGUUCAUUCAUUAGCAGCAAACCAUUUCCAUUUGUAGUAUUUUUUAAAGCGUUGGGGGGAAAAAAAAGGAGAGAAACAAAGCGUAAAACUGGUGGGAUAUCUGACUUCUUUUUUCGUGAAGGUAGUGCGUCAAUGCCUCGUUUGAUGUCAAUGGUUGCAAUUUUUCGUGAGGUCUUAAUGCGUUUGUCAGAUUUCUGAUGAAAUUUUACUCUUGCCAUGCAAUUGUUCACAAGCGUGCUGACUGCCAAAACGCGAUGACGUGAAUAAGGCUUGACUGCAAAGCGAGGGAUAUUUCUGUCUGUUAAAAGAGGUCUGACAGAAGUCCAGUCAGGAGACAUGGUUAGAUUUUGGAGUCGAAUAUCUGGUUGGAACUCCAGGCAUUCCAAUUGAAAACUGGCAGGUAAUGCAUUUGUAUCAACUUAAAAUGGGGUCACCCACAUAAAGGGAUGAUUUUUUGGCAAAAUUGAAACCGGUUUCCAAAUUCCUUUAUCAAAAGAGAAAGCAUGGCUGCACAUUCUUUGCUGUUCAGAGCACUGCGUGGGGCCGGGGCUGGGCUGCACUGCUGGCUGUGCGGAGCUGCGCAUUGGGUACACCUGCUCUGGGUCCCAGAGAGAGCUCCAACACACAAAGUAAAGCAAUACGGUGCCCAACUCUCUUGCAAAAUACUACUUUAGGAUUCAGCAUUCACCAAGAAAGAGCAAACCUAGCUUUUACAACAGCUCACACAAAUUACCCAAAGACACCCUGUGAGACAGAAAGCAUGAAGAUUCAUGGAGGCAAUCAGCUUUUUUUGGGGUGGAGUUUCAAGCACGCAGCCCAGCCUGGAGCACAGCCCCUUUUCCGUUUGUAAUCCUGCAGGAGUAGAGCACCUGCUGGGGCACAGAGCAUCAUCUGGACAGUUUCCACUGACAGAAGUAGAGCAUCAUACUGGGGCAGAAAAAGAAAAAAAAAAGAAAAGAGCAUAGCUAUAUUAAAAUACUUUGAACUGAACUUUUCACCCUGCAGGAUGAGCUCACUUCAGGGCUCACAUCGUGAGAGGUUUGGAAAAAAAUAUUCAAACAUCCUGAUUUGUGUUUCCAGUGCUACGGAUUAAAAGCUGCAGAAAUGCCUUCUCCUCCACCAUCCAUCAACUCUGAUCCUGGGACAGAGACCCACAAACUCCUCAGGGUUGGAAGGGUCCUCUGAGGGCCAUCCGGACCAACCCCCCUGCAGCGCACAGGGACACCGCAGCUGGGUCAGGUCUCCAGGGACGGAGCACCCAGCGCACCUCUGUGCGACCUGUGCCAGUGCCUCACCACCUCUCUGCAGAAGAUUUCGUCCCUAUAGCCAACCUAAACCUCCCCUCUUGGAGCUUGCAGCCAUUUCCCUCUCGGAGCUGGAAACCACACUGACACUUUGGUCAGUUUUGGAGCAGAAAAUGAGAUGAGAUGUAGAUAGACAGAUAACUCGAUGUUUUUCUUCCUUGAUUUACUAUUUAUUAUGACCUCGCUGACCGACUGCACGCCGCACGCCCAGCACCGCCGCCAGCUCCAAGCACCACCAGCCCGCCGCGCCGCCAGCGCAGCGCCCUUACACCAACGAGCCGCCGCUUCCGCUCUUCUCGGCACAUGCGCAGCACCAGCAGGAGGACCCGCUACCAUCGAGUUGGAGGGCUGGAGGCACAGAGCAGUCAGAGCAAAGAGGCACCACUUCCGGGUUUCCGGAGGCGUCAGUGUCUGGAGGAUCGCUUCGUAUUACCGCAGGGACGGGCGGUACGGAGCGGAGAGAGCAGAGCGACGCGUCGUGCCGCUCCGGGACGGCUCUGUGGUGCUCUGCGGGACCGUGCGGGCCCCGGGGGGCCCAGAGCGCCCAGAGCUCGUCUGACCCCCCGCUGCCCCUAAAACCGCCGCCGCGGCGGUCCCGACUGCAAUUCUGCGCUCCGGUCAAGCGGUGGCAGCAGAGACCGAGAAAAGAGCGGCGUGGGGCGUGGGUACCGGCGAUGGGAGCGGAGCGAGCCUGGGGCUUGGCUCUGCUCGGGUAAAUGCGUCCAUUCCAACUGCAUUCAGGCUCGGCUAGCUCUGAGCUCUGCCAAAGUGGUUGGCAUUUGUCAUUGCUGAGCGCACAAAAGGCUCGACCAAAGGUGACGAUGCCCGGAAGGCAGAAGGAUGGAGAAAAGCGUGGCCACAUCCCUGGCACGGAGCCGAGCCCGUAGCUGGAGAAGGGGGUUGUUCUGCCGGAUGUGGACUGGGAGCGGUUCUGUGCCACGGCCCGAAUCUGCCCUUCUUUGGCUUCGGUCGGGCCAGGAGCUGCUGCGCGGUGCCGCACACCGUGCGUGUGCCGUAACCCCACGCUGCUCCGUGUGCACGGUGGUUGUGGAGGGCCGUGGUUGUGGGGGGGACCCGAGACCGCCUUCAGCCGGGCGACUGACUCCUGGCUUCUCCGCUGUACUUCGUACAACCUGUGUUUGUUGUGCACCUUUCACAAGCGUGUGACAGUACAGUGUUUGCUCUGAUGCCUUCACAAGGCUGUCACAGCCGUGUCUCCUGUCUCCGGUUAGCCUGUCCACGGGUCCACCUGUGAACCAGACAGAAAGAGGGCGAGAAUUCACAGUGUUACAGUUCUGUAUGGCAUUGUCACAGUCUGAGCCACAAAGAAACACGUCGCUUCCUUCACACGCCUACAGAGUAUUGAGAGUGAGACAUAAAUAUGUGCGUAUACAUGCAUACAGAGCGUCUGAUCCUUCACCAAUCAUAACAGAACUUCUUUUCACCAGCUGCGUAUUCACAUAGGUUUCACCUUUAUAAAUGUCCACAGUCCAUAAAUGCCUCAUGAAGCUCAUGCAGACUGGGACGUGCUUGAUCGUUUUUCCAAAUCAUUUCACUGAUGGGCUCCGCCACAAGCUCACCUGAAGCGCAACGGUGCCCAAGCCCAGUGAAAAGUGUUGAAAAGCAGCAAGGGGCUGGAGAUGGAGAAGGGUGAAAGAAGAGCUCGGGUGAUGUUUGCACAAAGAACAGAACGUGGAGAGGAACAGCAUCCCCAGGUCUUCAAAUAGACAGAAGUGUUGAGAUUGUUUCACUCCCUUCUUCAAGAGUGGAUGUGCAGUGGGGUUCAUGCCAGCUGACCAGAAAGACACCAAACCUCUAUUCAUCAGGGGAAGAGAAGGGUUAGGAUGAGCCUGGAAAUUAUCAACUACUUGGUGUACCAUCCAGUCCCGGGACAAUUCUAGAAGCUAUCACCCAAAAAGUCUUUCUCAAAAGGUGAAAUUUCCUAAUGAUUUUUGAAGUAGAAGUCACUCUAAGAGGAAAUCAGAUACAGUUGCACAUACAGCACACAGUCCAAAUGCGCAGAAAUUUCUGUGCAAACUGUGCAAAACAAAAUGGUAACAAACUCGUGAAUGCCUCAGAACAAAAACUGUGCUGCUAUGCUCCUGCGAAAGGUGCAGAACAAACAUGUUGUGCGUGAGCACAAUGGAGAAGUCCGGAGUUUGUUGUCUUGCUUAAGGCGGUCUCGGUUCGAUCCCCAGCCCCCCACACAACCACCACGCAAUGGGAGAAGCAUGACUGGUAUGGCAUGCACACGGUACAUGGCACCAGGCACACUCCACGCCAUCUGGAAACUGCUCCUGAGCCAAUUGGAAGGGCCCAUCCUAUGGCAUAAAAUGCAUUGCCGACUCCACAGUAGGACCGUCACCCCGGACUUUGGGAGAGCAGGACCUCCUCAGUGGGCCUGCUUGGAGGUAUCCCAUGGACGGGAGCUUUGGCAAGUAGGCCCGAGAGAGCUGCUUGACACUUAAACACCGCUUCCUCCAAGCUCAAGAUGGAUGCAUCCCUGAGAGCAAGAAAGCAGGGAAAAGUGGCAGGAGAACUGCUGGAUAAGCAAGGGGCUCAUGGAUGGACUCAAAGGGAAGAGGAGCGUACACAGCACGUGGAAGAAGGGCAUUUCUACUUGGAAAGAAUGUAUGAGCGUUGUCAGGGCCUGCAAGGAUGCAAUGAGGAAGGCUAAGGCACCCUUGGGAUUAAAUCCAGCAAAGGCGGUCGAGGAGAACAACAAGGGCUUUUGUGAGAAUGUUGGUAGUAAAACUAAGACUGGAACACAUGCGGGUCUGCCACUGAAUGCCUUGGUAACAAGGGACAAAGAGAAGGCAGAGGUACUGAAUGCCUUCUUUGCUUCCAUCUUUACUACUAAGAUUGCCCCUCCUAAAUCCCAGGCCCUGGCGGUAAGAGAGAGAGUCUGGGGAAUUAAAGACUUCCUCCUGCUUGAGGAGGAUCUGAACAGGAAGCGUGCAGGCAAAAUCAGUGCUCGCAAAUUCAUGGGCCCUGUGGGGAUGCACCCACGUGUGCUGAGAGAGCUGGUGGAGGUAAUUGCUGAACUGCUCUCUAUGAUCUUGGAGAGGCCUUGGAGAACAGGAGAGCUGCCUGGAUGCUGGAGGACAGCCAGCUUCGCACCAGUCAUCGCACCGAUGAGUGGGCAGUGAGAUGGACUGGGAACUGGCUUGACGACCAAGAGAUGAUGGAGGGGCCUGGAGCAUCUUCCUCACGAGAAAAGGCUGAGAGACCUAGGACUCUUCAGUCUGGAGAAGAAACGCAUGAGCGGGGGAUCUCAUAACAGUUUGGCCCACUGCGACGGGCCCUGCGUCUGCUCCAAGCCAUGAGACAGGCCCUGCGCCAGCACCCGACUUCGUGACAGCCCACGUGGUUCAACCAGAGAACCCAACUGUGCCAGUAUCCAUAGCCCUUAUUAAAAAGAGCAAAAUGAGGCCGUGAAAAUCAGCUCCUUUAAUAAGAAAGGAAAUACGUUCUAAGAGGGGGGUAGAAGAAGAGGAUGAGAAUGAAGCCAGGCCAUGACAAGAACGGCAGGAGGAAGAGGCCGAACUCAUAAAGGAGACGAGAACCAUUUGACUCCUGAGCACGAGUGAGCUGACAGAUAUGUGAAAAGACUUCAGCUGUCAUGCAGGGGAGCACUCUGACACUGGGAGAACGGGGCCGCAAGCCUGGACUAGGCGGGCAGCAAAGGCAGGCAUCUGGGAUCUCUUUCACGGGCAGGGUGCAUUGGCAAAGCCCUUGGAAAUGAGGCACGAGCCUUCCCCUCGUGGAGGUGACUCUCCGUAAGGGCCGAGAGGGAAAGGAGUCCCUUCAAAGAAGAUCUGGUAUGUUACCCAGGCAAGCGGUGCACCGUGGGGAAAGGUGUGCCUGAGGGCACCAGCUCUUCUGGAGGUGAUGCGUAAUGCUGAAAAAAGAGGGGAGAUACAGACUGGCUGUUGGCCGGCAAUUGCUGAUUCUGAGGGCCCAGGGCUGCCGCCAUCUUGCUUGGGAGCCUGGGACGCAUUCCGCCCCGAGGGGGUAACCGUGAUGUCACAGUGGUGGCAGGGAGCGGCCAUUGUGACCCGCGGGGCUGGGAGCAGAGCAAAGGCUGCCGGGCUCAGAGCGUGGUCAGUGCGGCCUGGUGAGGUGCAGAGAGAGCAGGGACUCUUCAAGUGCUCACCGUUGACGCGCAACAUGUCCAGUAGGAAGCGGAAGGCCCCCGACUCCGGGGAGCAAGUGUGCAUGCUGUGUCGCCGGGCGGAUGUCGACCCGAACAUCUGCGGGCGCACCUUUGCCGAGAGCGACCUUUGCGUGCAUGAGUUCUGCUUGCUUUUUUCUUUGAAGAAAAACACAUUCUUUGAAGAAAGCGACCCCUGGGAGGAAACGCUGCGCCUCCCCGUUGGGACCAUCAGAUGCAGAAUCAAGCAGGCGGACCAGAAGCAAUGCUUUGUUUGUGGCGAGAGAGGAGCCGCCAUCAGCUGCGCAGAGAGAGGCUGUGCACGCAGCUUCCACCUGCCCUGCGCCGCGGACGGUGAAUGCGUCACCCAGUUCUUUGGGCAGCACAGGUCCUUCUGCUGCGAGCACCGCCCGCGACAGGCAGCGGAGGCAGCUCCACCCCAAGGCACUGACUGCGUCAUCUGCCUGGAGCCCCUGGAGGACAGCACGUCCUACCAGACCCUGUGGUGCCCAGCGUGCAAGCACACCUGGUUCCACCGCCGCUGCGUCCAGGGGCAGGCCACGAACGCCGGCACCAUGUGCUUCCAGUGCCCCAUUUGUCGAGACACGGAGCAAUUCCGGGCAGAAAUGUCCACUCUGGGGAUCCAAGUCCCAGUCAGGAGACCGUCUUGGUGGGAUGACAACACCUACCCAUCACUUCUGCGGAGGCACAGGCGCUGCGAUGUCAGCAAGUGCCUUUACCCAGGAGGCAGGGAGCAGGCAGAGGUGAAUGGGCCCUGGCAGCUGCUGCUCUGCAGCUCCUGUGCUGCAGAAGGGACCCACCGACGAUGCUCCUACCUGAGCAACAGAGUUGGCAGCUGGGAGUGUGACAGCUGUGCUGGCAUAGGCACCGCCUCCAGCAGCAACACGGAGCGCGCCGGACCCAGCACCAACACGGAGCGCGCCGGCCCCAGCACUUCCAGCCAAGGGGCUCCGGAGCCUCCCCGUGGCUCCCAGGGACCGGAGAACAUCAGCUCCGGCUCCAGCAGCCAGGCAGCAUCGGGCCCCUCACACCGGUCCCAGCUGCCUGAGAACAGCCGCCUGCCCAGUGAGCCUGGGACACGGCAGAGGGCAAUCGGCCCACGCCUCCCUGAGGAUCAGGAGGCAUCUCUGCAGCGCCGAGGACGCCGCGGGAGCGGCCGUGCAACAGCCCCGCGCACCAGCAGCAGCUCCCGCAGGUCCACCCCACGGAGGGCACCGCGGCCCUCCAGCGACUCCCCGGUGGCUGCACCCAGAAGGAGCCCCAGGCAGCAGGGGACGGGCCGGGCACGAAGCCGCUCCCCGCUUCAAGAUCGGGCCUCACGUUCCCAGAGCCGGCCCAGAAGAAGCCGUGGCAGCAGACAAACACCACGCCGAGCUGCACAGAGCAGCACCCUCUGCUCAGCCGCCCCAGUGACAUCGAGGCCCUCGAGGGGUUCCCCGCUGCCUGGACACAGAAGACCCUCCAGGCAGCAAGGGAGGGCCCACACAUGAAGCCCUUCCGCAGCGGGAUGUCAGGCUGCGACUUCCCACACAGACCCCAGCACGCCGCAGCAGCCAAACCCAACAGCAGCGGCCAGCCUGGGCACAAAGCUGCUCCCAGGUCCAUCUGCAGAACCACAUCCCCACAGCCAGACCUCAGUCUGCACAGGAGCAGCCGGGUGCCAAUGACACCUGCUCAACUUGGUCAACAUCAGCCAAGACGACAAAUCCCACGCUCAUUUACAUCAGCUUGCUCAACUUGGUCAACAUCAGCCAAGACGACAAAUCCACGCUCAUUUACAUCAGCUUGCUCAACUUGGUCAACAUCAGCCAAGACAAUAAAUCCCACCCCCACCCCCAUCAGCUUCAUUCUUCUCGUCUUUUCCUGGGGUGGGCAGAGUUCAGACCUCGACCACAGGGUUGCCUUCUCCCCAGCAGAAUGGCUCAGGUUGGAGGGGCCCUUAAAUAUCAUCCGGCUCUAACCCCCUUGCCGUGAGCAGGUUCAUGCACCACCAGAUCAGGAUGCCCAGGAUCCCAUCCACCCUGGCCUCAAAGGACUCCAGCAACGGGGUGUCCUGAACCCCUCAGGGAGGAACCUCGCUGUUCCAGUGCCUCGCCACUCCCUGAGGAAACAGUUUCUUUCUAACACCUCAUCUCUCUCUAUCCUCUUUUAGUUUCAUGCCAUUCCCCCUUGUCCUGUCACUAUCAGAAUGCAUGAAAAAGUCAGUCCUCCUCCAGCUUGGCAGGACCCUUAAAAGUACGAGAAGGCUGUGGGCACAGAGGUCUCCUCAGAGCCUUCUGUUCUGAAAGCGAAGUGAACCCCACUCCCUCAACCUGCCUUCUGAGGUGCGGUGCUCCAGGCCUUGUCUUCUCUUUGCGGCCCUCCUCCGGACCCCCCCUCCCACCGCUCCACACCCCUCCUGUGCUUGGCACCCCAGGCUUGGGCGCAGUACUCCAGAUGGAUGCCCUCGCAAGGGCACAGCAGAGACGGACAAUCACCGCCCUGCCCUGCUGGACACCUUCCUCAGGCCUUCCGGGCUGCAGGCACGCGCUGCUGGCUCAUCUCCGGCUUUUUGGCCAUUACGA